AUGGCGGACGACCCCAGUGCUGCCGACAGGAACGUGGAGAUCUGGAAGAUCAAGAAGCUCAUCAAAAGCUUGGAGGCGGCCCGCGGCAAUGGCACAAGCAUGAUAUCACUGAUCAUUCCUCCCAAAGACCAGAUAUCACGAGUGGCAAAAAUGUUAGCAGAUGAGUUUGGGACUGCAUCUAACAUUAAAUCACGAGUCAACCGCCUUUCAGUCCUGGGAGCCAUUACAUCUGUACAACAAAGACUCAAACUUUAUAACAAAGUACCUCCAAAUGGUCUGGUUGUUUACUGUGGAACAAUUGUAACAGAAGAAGGAAAGGAAAAGAAAGUCAACAUUGACUUUGAGCCUUUCAAACCAAUUAAUACGUCAUUAUAUUUGUGUGACAACAAAUUCCAUACAGAGGCUCUUACAGCGCUACUCUCGGAUGAUAGCAAGUUUGGCUUCAUUGUAAUAGAUGGUAGUGGUGCACUUUUUGGCACACUCCAGGGAAACACAAGAGAAGUCCUGCACAAAUUCACUGUGGAUCUUCCAAAGAAAUCUGGGGACAAAGUGAAUGUGGCUGGUCUCGUUUUAGCUGGAUCAGCUGACUUUAAAACGGAACUAAGUCAAUCUGAUAUGUUUGAUCAGAGAUUGCAAUCCAAAGUUUUGAAAUUAGUUGAUAUCUCCUACGGUGGUGAAAAUGGAUUUAACCAAGCUAUUGAGUUAUCUACUGAAGCUCUGGAAAUGGGAGCUGUAGAGAUUCUAAUAGUCUAUGAAAAUCUGGAUAUAAUGAGAUAUGUUCUUCAUUGCCAAGGCACAGAAGAGGAGAAAAUUCUCUAUCUAACUCCAGAACAAGAGAAGGAUAAAUCUCAUUUCACAGAUAAAGAGACAGGACAAGAACAUGAGCUGAUUGAGAGCAUGCCCCUACUGGAAUGGUUUGCUAAUAACUACAAAAAAUUUGGAGCUACUUUGGAAAUUUUCCCAUGCCAUGAUGCUCCCAAACAUCCACAGUGGAUUUCAGGGCUGAGUGCCAAGGCAAAACUUAAGAUCCGUGCCAGCUUCUCUCUUGGUGCCAGUAUGAAUGAAUGCCAGCUGGACUCCCACCUGCCAAGUCCCCACCCUGAUGAAGACUUCACUACAGGGAUGCAGGAGCUCACUAGCCAAGCAGGGAUCUCCCAGCCCGCCAGAAGCGAGCCCCGCCUCUUCACCCCCAGUUGCCCUCAGCCUAGAGCAGGAGCGGGUGGUGACUGCAGGGGACAGAGGCAGAGAACAGAGGGCAGGAACCAGUACACUGAGGGCCUGGACUCUAUGGACUACAUUACCCACAAUCCCAGCUCGGAAGAGGAGGCUGCUGAGGGCCUGCAGCCUUGGAUAGGAAAACAAGGGCCCCACGCUCGGAAACCAGCCGAGUGCAGUUCUGCUCGGCGCCACACGAGGUCAUCCCGAUCAGGCCAAGAUAGCUCUCAGGCUGGGCCAGGAAACACAGUAGGGAGAGCCUUAUGGGGGCCUGCUGGUGGCCGCUGUGGGGAAACCAGAACUAGUAGGCUGAGCAAAAGGGGGACAGAGGGUUCUCUGGGCUGGGGAAAGGCAUCCAGUGGGCCCACCUCCAGAUCUCAGCCCACUGAGGUGUCCAUCUGGCCCAGCUGUGGCUCCUUUCCGCCCUCUGCAGAAUCAAACUACCCUUGCGGGCUUCUGGGGCCUGUGACCCUCUUGACCAUGAAGCCACAACAGGUAGAGAAGCCAGCGUCAGCUGCUAAAGUCGGAGACCCAUGUCCAUAG